AUGGCAAUGAGAACCGGAGAGGAACCGGAGAGGAACCGGAGAGGCACCGGGAUCGGGAAUGGGAACGGGAAUGGGAAUGGCAACGGGAAUAGGAGAGGCACCGGGAUCGGGAAUGGCACCGGGAUCGGGAAUGGCAAUGGGAACCGGAGAGGCACCAGGAUCGGGAAUGGCACCAGGAUCGGGAAUGGCAAUGGGGAUGGGAGUGGCAAUGGGAACGGGAAUGGCAAUGGGAAUGGCAAUGGGAACGGGAAUGGCAAUGGGAACCGGAGCAGCACCGGGAUCGGGAAUGGCAAUGGGGAUGGGAGCGGCACUGGAAUCGGGAUUAGCAAUGGGAACGGGAUCAGGAAUGACAAUGGGGACGGGAUUGGCACCGCCCUGCUCUCAGCACAGCCCGGCACGCUCUCGGGGAUGUGGAGCCCGGCCCCGCUGUGUGCCCUGGGCUGGCGGCGCCCCGGCCCCUCCGCGCCGCUGCAGCCGCUGACCCGCCUGUUCCAGAGGGAACAUCGGGAUAAAACUCCAGUCCACCUGCUCCAGAGAGAAUACUGGGAUAAAACCCCAAUCCACCUGCUCCAAAGCGAAUAUCGGGAUAAAACCCCGACCCGCCUGUUCCGGAGGGAACAUCAUGAUAAAACCCCGACCCGCCUGUUCCAGAGGGAACAUCACGAUAAAACCCCGACCCGCCUGCUCCAAAGGGAAUAUCGAGAGGUGCCGGGGCAGGGCUGGGGAAGGACACAGCAGCAGCCCCCCCGCCGGUUUGUGAGUUAUAAACCCAAAUCCAAGCGGAAUCCCAAAACAUUCCCGGUUCUGGAUGGCCGUGUCCCCUCCGUGUACCAACAUGUGUUCGAACAGAAUUUAAGGAACAGCGAGGCUGUGAUUAAAAGAUACUCGGAAUUACUGGAGAAGGUGAAGAAAGGAGGAGGAGAAAACGCCAUCCAGCGGCACACGAAGCGAAACAAGAAGCUGUUCGUGCGGGAGCGCCUGAGGCUGCUCCUGGACCACGAGGAUUUCCUGGAGCUGUCCCCGCUGGCAGGGCUGGACCUGCCCUAUGGGGAUGUCCCUGCUGCCGGCUGCCUCACGGGAAUUGGCAGAAUCUGUGGGGUCUGGUGUGUCUUCAUUGCAAGUGAUGCCACUGUGAAAGGAGGGACAAUUUACCCAAUUGGAGUGAAAAAACAAUUAAGAGCCCAGGAAAUUGCCAUGGAGAACAGGCUGCUGUCUGUGCACCUCGUGGACAGUGGAGGAGCCUUCCUCCCCCUGCAGUCAGAGCUGUUUCCUGACAAGCUGCACGGUGGCAGAGUUUUCUACAACGAGGCAAUCAUGUCUGCCAUGGGAAUCCCUCAGGUGGCCGUGGUGUGUGGCUCCUGUGUGGCUGGAGGUGCCUACGUGCCCACCAUGGCUGAGGAAUCCGUGAUCAUUGACAAAAUUGGGACGUUGUUCCUUGCUGGGCCACCCCUGGUGAAAGCUGCCACGGGAGAAGAUGUCUCUCCUGAGGACCUUGGAGGAGCCAGGCUUCACUCACAAGUCAGUGGCUGCAGUGACCAUUUUGCAUCCUCAGAAGAGGAGGCCUAUGAGUGCAUUCGGAAUGUUGUGUCUACCCUGAACUGGCAGCCAGUGCCAGACGAGGACAGGGAGCCUGACAGUCCCUUGUACAGCCCAGAGGAGCUCCUGGGCCUGGCACCCCUGGAUUACAGCUGCACUCUUCCUGUCAAACUGAUUCUGAGCCGGCUGGUGGAUGGAAGCAGAUUCCAGGAAUUCAAGGCUGCUUAUGGAACAACAUUAGUGACAGGAUUUGGCCAUGUGGAAGGGCACUUGGUGGGGAUUGUGGCCAGCAAUGGGGAACUGGCUCAUGAUGCUGCUCUCAAGGGCAGCCACUUUGUCCAGCUCUGUGGCCAGAGGGGAAUUCCCAUCCUGUUCCUCCAAAACACUGCUCCACAGCCAGCAGGGCCUGCAAGCAUCUCACAGGCAGAGGCUCAUUCCAACAGGCUGAAGGCCCAGGCCUCCAUGAUGGCUGCAGUUGCCUGUGCUGCUGUUCCCAAAAUAACCAUUGUCAUUGGAGGCUGUUUUGGGAGUGACAGCUAUGUCAUGUGUGGGAGAUCAUUCAGUCCAAACUUUCUGUUCCUGUGGCCCAAUGCAAGAAUUGCUCUCGUGGAUUCUCGACGUUUCCCCACAGUUCCACCAGCUGGGGACUGCACAGGAGAGGAACUGGAGCUAAAACAGCUGAAGGCAAAGCUAGAGGAAGAAAGCAGUGCCUUUUACUCCUCUUCCAGGCUCUGGGAUGAUGGGAUCAUUCCACCUCAGGACACCAGGAAGGUGAUUGCCCAGUGCUUGGAGAUCAUGGAACAGAAGAAGUUCCAGGCUGUGUUUUCCCAUCCCCAUCCCAUCAUCAGGAUGUAACUGCAGCCCCCUCAGACAAGAACCCUCUACCAGAACUCUGGGUACAAAGAUUUUCUAAUUCUUUGAUACCAUUAAUAAAAAUGUUGAACAAUUGAAGACAAACAA